AUGUGGUCGAAUAUAACCACCCAGCAUGUCGAAGAUCUGAAAUUGGCUUCGUCUUUAUCAAUAGCAGUUGACGAGUCUUGUGACAUAAAUGAUACAGCACAAGUUUCACUUUUUGUAAGAUUUAUAGCUCAUUCGGGACCGAAAGAAGAACUUUUAGGAUUAUUGCCACUCAAAGGUCAGACGCGUGGAGAAGAUAUCACAAAUGCUGUGAUUGACUGUAUGGAUAAACAUAACAUUCCCCUGAAUAAAAUUGUGUCUAUUUCAACAGAUGGAGAGAAAAGUAUGACCGGUGUAAGAAAAGGGUUUGUUGCUAUUUUGAGAGAAAAAAUUAACCACGAGAUACUUUUUUACCAUUGUAUCAUUUGUGCGCAAACAUUUCCGGAUAAAAUUUGUAAAGUUAUGGAAUUGGCGAUUACCAAUAUUAACUCCAUUUUGGCGAAAGCUCUUAAUCAUCGACAAUUCAAAGAAUUUUUAGUUGAAAUGGAAAGUGAGUACGCUGAUCUUUUGCUUCAUAACAAGGUACGUUGGUUAUCAAGAGGGAACGUUUUAAAACGUUUUGCGUCCCUAUUUCCGGAAAUUAAAGCAUAUCUCCUUGAGAAGGGCGUUCACUAUCCAGAACUAACAGACGAUCGCUGGAUCCAAAACUUCUAUUUCAUGGUAGACGUUACGUCUCACCUAAAUCAGCUUAAUCGUAAACUACAAGGGAAAGGAAACUUAAUUUUUUCGAUGUUAGAAGAAGUUAUAACAUUUGAAAACAAAUUAUCCACUUUUGCUCAGGAUUUUGAAAGAGAAACUUUGUUUCACUUUCCGAGCCUGCUGAACUAUCGCCAAGAAAAUAAUUCCUCUGUUGAUAAGCACCAUUUUAAAACCAUAAUUUUAAAUAUGAGGGAAGCAUUUCUCAGUAGGUUUCAGGAAUUUAAAAACAGCAGAGCAACUUAA